UAGGAAUGGCGCGUGGAAUCGCGAUUGUUAUUUGUGCACUUGUACAAGGAAUAUGUUUGGCGCUGGCUUAUGACCCAAGAGGUAAAUUAACGAACCAUCCUCAGAGAUAUAAAAAAAACUAGUUUCAUAUAUUUAUUCUGCCGCUGUAGAGGACAAACUCGCGCCGGUUUUGCAGCUUCGGGCCUGUUAGCACUUUUUUCCAUUUAGCAAACCGCUCUAUCGAAUUUCUAAAGUCGUUAUUUUUUGGAUUUUUUCAUUAAUUCGGUUAGGGUUAGGGUUAGGGCUAGGGUUAGGGUUAGGGUUAGGGUUAGGGUUAAGGUUAGAGUUACGGUGAGGGGUUAGAAUAGGGGUAGGGUUUGUUACACUAAUAGCCAUUUAACACCUCUUCUAUCUUCCGAAAAUGACGUCAGGUCAGUUUGCUGGAUGGAAAAUAGUGCUAACCCUUCGGGCCUUAGGAAGGCCCUGAGCUCCAUAUAUGUCUGGAGCGAAAACUUCAGUCAUUCGGAUGGGCAAUUGCUAGAUAGUGUACUUCAAAAUAAGGUUUCCGUUUUUAUAUCAAUUUUAAAAAUAAGUUAGGGUUAGGUUAGGGUUAGGGUUAGAGUUAGGGUUGGAGUUAGGGUUAAGGUUUAGUUUUAAGUUAGGAUAGUUUUUUCUACGUUAUAAAAACGGAAACCUUAUUUUGAAGUAUACUAUCUAGCAAUCGCCCAUUCGGAUGAUGGCGACUAUUGACGUCCCAAUGGCCAAUGGAAGAGGUUAUUUCGCUGGCCUCAGAGUGACAAAACGUAACAAAGCAACAGUUUUACUAACACUAACCCUAUUCCAAACACUAACACUAACUCUUAUCCUAUAACCCUAACCUAAGUUUGAUUCUCUAAGUUUUUUUCUAAACCAAUCUUGAAGAAAAACGUUUUGACGAAAUGUCAUUCUGAGGUCGGCGAACUGAUAACUUCCUUCCAUGUCCAAUAGUUCUGAAGAUCGUAAACAGUAUUUAUGCCACUUUUUACCAGCUAAUUCCAGUUUUUUUCUAACGGAGCAUGAAUCCUGGUUUAGAGUAUCAAAGUUUCUGUGAUCACAAGAAUUUUGCAUUCAGUAAAUUCUACGUUUUGAAGGAUUUGGAAGAACUGACUCAGUCAUUAAAGUGCCUAAAUCAUGGUCUUGAAGUUUGCAUAUAUAUCUCGAAAGUUUAGGGUAUUUUAAGACACUUUGCAAUAUAUUUUGUUUUUGAAAAAUUUCAUCUUGAUGGAUUUAUUAGCUCUUAAAGUUACCGAACAUGACGUCAAAGGAGAAUUGCAAAUCAGUUUUCUUUCGUAUCAUUGCAUGUCAUGUCCGGUAACUUUAAGAGCUAAUAAAUCCAUCAAGAUGAAAAUUUUCAAUAACAAAAUAUAUUGCAAAGUGUCUUAAAAUACCCUACACUUUCGAAAUAUGCAAACUCCAAAACCAUGAUAUAGGCUCUUUAAGUCAAUUCCUCAAACAUUUCUUACGAAUCCUUCAAAAUUUAAAAUUUACCUAUGCAAAAUUCCUACUGUGAUCACAGAAACUUUGACAGUUUAAACCAAGCUUCUUCAUCCUCUUGCAGAUCUUGCUGGGUUUUUAAAUCCUGUUGCUGCCCCUGGCCCACCAGAAAUGGAGAUGUACUGCCCGGGUUUGUGCAAUCCUAUCUGCUCGCCAUCCUGUACACGUAGCUGCUGUUAUAACUCGCCGAGAUCCGAACCACAUUGGGAGAACAUGCCUCAACCUAACCAGAACUAUGGCAUGCAAAUGAACGCGCGAAGAUCGGGAAUCCCAGAUCCGACAAAAGAAGAAAUAGUGAGUAGCUCGACUACACAUGUACACAAGUUGUAACAAACUUUGCAGCAGACUCGUAGCAAUGGUGUUCCAACAACUUGUCAACAGGAUGUGUUCGCACUGCUUGUUCCCAGCUUGUUGACAACUUGCUACAAGGUUGAGACUUGUUACAAAUUGUUCCAACAACUUGUUAUCGUCCUGUAAUUCACCAAUUUGUCAACAGGUUGUGAGUGACAGUGGCGGAAAUCUUGGUGGGGCGGGGGGGGGUCACCUUCACGGAAAAUUGACGAAUUUUCGGAAAUUUUGACCUAAAAGAGGGCUAAAAACAGUCUUUUCGAGUGCAAAUGGGGGGUACGUCGGAAAUUUGAAAGUCUUGUCGGAAAUUUAGGAGGCUUUGUCCCCCCACCGGAAAAAGUGAAUUUCCGCCACUGGUGAGUGACAACCUUGUAGCAACUUGAUAAAAUACCAGCAUUGUUACAACUUGUUGACAAGCUUGCUACAUUGGCUACAAGCCUGUUGCGAACACAUCUUUUUGACAAGUUGUGAGAUUUUUACGUGUCGACGUUGUAAUGAAAUAUCGUAAAAUCUUCGUUUUUCUCAACAGCAAAGCGUGUAUGGCUGUGAGAGCAAACAGCUUGCGAUAAAGUGCAAAAACAGAUCGAAUAAACUAGUUAUUACAAAUUCGUUCUACGGACGAGAUGAUACGAAGAUAUGCAAACACCCAGUCUUGCCUUAUGAAGCAUAUUGUCGAGGCCAGGAAGAUCUCAUUCUUGAAAAGGUUCAAAAUCUCUGCAAUGGUGAAAAUGGAUGCAGCAUCGCGGUAAAAGAUGGCUUGCUGUUGCGAAAGGACACUAUCCUGUGUCCCAAUGUUUACAAAUAUCUUAAAGUGGAUUAUCUAUGUACACAACACCCAGAUAUUUACACAAAGGAUAUUUAAAAGUGUAAUGACCAACAAUCCACCAAGUAUUUUUUUGACAAAACAGAACUCGUAAAAUUGUAAAAUAAUAAUUUCUAAGAUCAGUUAAUUAAUGAUGUCGUCGCAAAUGGAUACAAAGUCUUCAAAAGCAGUAUUCUCGUUACAGCAAUGAAGUAAACUGUUCAACGGUAUAACCAUCCAAGUUGAAUGGUUAUGCCGAAGACAGUCAACGGCAUAACCAUCCAAUUCAAGCAUGAAUGGUUAUGCGGAUGACAUUCAAAGGCAUAACCAUCCAAUAUUCAAAGGCGUUACCAUCUAACUACAAGUUCAAUGGUAAUACCGGUAAUAUUAAAAGUACAUCCACGCAACUUUUUAAUUCACG